UAUCGCAUAUUUUGUAAGCAGAAGGAGGAGAGAACGUGAAUUCCCGUGUCUAUCAGGAAAGACGCGACAUGGCUUCACUUGGAGAGACGACGAUGAGGACAUACCUUUCUGCAUCUAACGACAUUGCUUGCCCCAAACCGCGUCGACUCGUAACGAUGAAUACUUCCAUCAACGAUCAGAUCUGGUCUUCCAGAUGUAACCAUCAAGGGGAAACGUCUGAAUCCAAAGUCGGCUCGGAGCUUCUUGAUAUUAUCCUUUCUAAGGGGAAUUGUGGUGCAGACUAUGGCAAUCAAAUGGCUUCAUCUCCACCCUACUACUGUGGAUCUCCUCCUAGCAGGGCAUCUAAUCCUUUGAUCCAAGAUUCAGAAUUUGGGAACAUGGGUGUCUUCUGUCCAUUCUCACCUACUACUUCUCCAUCCAACUCUUCAUCUGCAUGCACAGGAGUAUCAUGCUUUAGUACAAAAAUUGUGCACAAACCAGCUGCAGUGAGGAUAGAAGGGUUUGAUUGUUUGAACCGUAAUAGAAGAAACUGCAGCAUCUCUGCUGUGGCUUAGGGAGCAGAAGAGGUGAAAAUUUUGGAGGUAAACAAUAAUAUCUGUGAUGUAUAUAUAUAAAACUAAUCUAUAAAAAAAGAGGGAUGGGAUCUAAUAAAAGAGAUGGAGGUAGGGAAGAAGGUGAAAAACUACUUUACUUGUUUCUCUCCUCUGAGUUUGAUUUGCAUUUUAAUGUUAUUUUAAUUUUAGAGUUUAAAAGUUUUCUUAUUUGUUUCAUAAAACAUUAAGGGUCUUAGUGAGUCAGUCACUCUUCUCCUUGAUUUGUAAUUGUAAGGUGUAACUGAAAGGCAGGGAGUGAAUGGUAUUUUCAAAAUUUGCUUAGAAAAUUUACCAAAUUUU